AUGAUUCAGCGGGCCGGAGUUCCGUGGCACCAGGAUGAUGUAUCACCACCUCCACCGCUCCCUCAGAAGGAGCCAGUUACUAUUCCGUGGGGAUCUUGGGUGCACGAGAGGCCCGCCUCGCGCCGCCGAUCUCGAGCCAGAGCAGCAGUUGAGGGAGCUGGACCCUCUUCUUCAUCAGCCCCUGCAGGGGCAUCUACCGCAGCCGCACCUCAGCCGAUUUACAUGUUAGUUCAGCGUCUCUUCCAGUACAUGGAGCGCAGCCAGCGCCAGAUCAUGCGUUGCCUGGAUCGGAUUGACCAGAUGUUUGUGGCCCAGGGCCUUGAGCUGCCCCCUCUACCAGAGUCUUCCGGUUCCGAUGAGGAGACCCAUGAGGAGGAGCAUGCAGAUUUACAGACUGAGGGUAUUCAUGCGGAUGAGCCAGCACAUAUAGAGGCACCACCUCAGACACAGGAGUCUCAACCGGUACCACAGCCACAGCCAGAGCCUAUCGGUGUACCUAUCCCUGAUCCUCAGGAUUAG